AUGGUGAACGCUAUUAUUCGCGACGCUCCUUUUGGCCAGUUAGUUCGGAUUUUGACGGGAAAUCGCAUCUUCAAGUACGCAGAAGAAGAUCCAAACUUUAGAUUUCCCAUCUCCUACGCUUUCACGGGACCUACGGAUGCAGAGAACACCGAGAAGCAAGAGCUUCGAGAUGACAGCACUUUCCAAACUCAGAAAGCAAGCAUUGAGGAAACGGUUGAGGACUCUGUGAGAGACAUGGAGAAGGUUGCGUCGGCCUCUACUAGUGUCACGGACUCGAGUGCAAGGCUUCGUCCUGUGUCAUCCAAUAUCACACGAAUAAAGUCACUACCAUAUACUCCUGAGAGGUUGCAUCAAGACGAGCAGGCUGCGAUAGAGCGAACAGAGUCAAGACCAAUCGCACCGACCAAAACCGCAGACGGAUUGAUUCUUGUGGACUGGUACUCCACGGACGAUCCGGAAAAUCCGCAGAACUGGUCGUUCAAGAAGAAAAUAUGGACGGCACUCCUGAUCGAUAUUUACACCUUCGUAGUGUAUUGCUCAAGUAGUAUCUACGUCUCUAGCGAGGAGUUGGUGCGAAUCAGAUUUGGUGUUGCACCCUUCAAGGCCUCUCUCGGCCUGGCUCUCUACGUCUUGGGGUAUGGCAUCGGUCCUUUGAUUUUUGCUCCGUUAUCGGAAGUCCCGACUUUUGGAAGAAACAUCCCCUACAUUACGACUUUCGCUCUGUUCACUACCCUGGCUCUACCUGCUGCUCUGGUGGACAAUUUAGGGGGCUUACUUGUACUACGUUUUUUCCUCGGCUUUUUCGGUAGCCCGUGUCUAGCUAACGGAGGCGCAAGCAUGGGAGACAUGUUCUCGCUUUUGUAUCUGCCCUACGCCAUGGCGUUCUGGGUCAGUGCCGCCUUUGCCGCACCCGCCCUCGGUCCCUUGCUCUCCGGCUUCGCCGUCUACGCAGAAAACUGGCGUUGGUCACAGUGGGAGGUACUAUGGAUGGCUGGGCCCGUCUUCCUUUUGUUCUUCUUCUUCCUGCCCGAGACUUCGCCCUCGAAUAUUCUGCUCCAUCGCGCAGCCCGUCUACGAAAGGCGUCGGGUAAUGAGAACAUUCGCUCGCAGACCGAGAUAGAGAGGAAGGAUACGCCACUCAGCACCAUCAUUCUCGAAGCGAUCUGGAAGCCUAUGGAGAUCACAUUCAAGGACCCUGCGAUACUCUUCGUGAACAUAUAUACAGCGUUGAUCUAUGGCAUUUACUACAGUUUCUUCGAGGUCUUCGCACUUGUGUAUCCUGUCAUGUACGGCUUCAACGUUGGCAGAACAGGCCUCGUGUUCUUGUGCAUCAUUGUUGGCUGCAUUAUAUCUAUGGCCAUAUACUUCUCUUACCUACACUUCUAUCUAAUUCCCGACGUACUCAAAAAUGGCCUCCGUGCACAAGAAUUUCGCCUUCGACCUGCGCUUAUCGCUUGCUUUGGGCCCACAAUUGGACUGUUCAUGUUUGCGUGGCUUGCGAACCCUAGCAUUCACUGGGUGGGCACUGUGGUCGGAUGUACAAUUUAUGCGGUCACCGUGUAUGUAAUCAUGCAGUGUAUCUUCACUUAUGUCCCAAUGUCCUACCCGCAGUACGCCGCGUCGCUUUUUGCCGGAAACGAUUUUUUCCGCUCGCUAUUUGCUUUUGGAUCGGUUCUAUUCUCGAGAUCAAUGUACGUUAAUCUUGGUGUGGAUAAAGGUUUAAGUCUUUUAGCUGGUCUAAGUGUCAUGGGCAUCAUUGGAAUGUGGGUGCUGUACAUCUACGGAGCAAGAUUGAGGGCGAGGUCAAAGUUCGCUGUUUCUUGA